AUGCCAACUGCAGCGCAAGGAGCAAGCGAGCGCACACCCAUACUGCCGGCGAACACGCAGCGCCCCGCUCCCCGUCGCAAGCGCUGGGUCAUCACCAUCCUCGCCCCCGUCGUGCUCGUGUGGGCGACGAUCGGCGUCCUCCUCUUUGGCAAAACGGAGCCAAAGGACCCUCUCGAGAAGGCAAAAGCUCCCGUCAUUGAUGGACACAUCGACUUGCCCAUCUUCGUGCGCGAGGCGUACGGCAAUGACAUAAACAAGUUUGACAUGAACGCGGCGCUGCCGGCGCACGUCGACAUCCCGCGCAUCCGCGAGGGCCAGCUCGGCGGCUUCUUCUGGAGCGUCUUCACCGAGUGCCACGACGACGGUGUCGACUUCCUGACGCCGAACAACCACGUCCGCGGUAAGCUGCCCAAUGGCCGACUGAAGCUAACGACAGACACGCUCGAGCAGAUCGAUGUCGCCCGCAACCUGAUGAACAAGUACCACGACACGUUCGAGUUCGCUACCACUGCCGCCGGCGCCGAGCGCGCGAUCAAGAACGGCAAGGUCGCCAGCUUCAUGGGCAUCGAGGGCGCGCACCAGCUCGGCAACAGUCUGGCAGUACUACGCCCUCGGUGUACGAUACGCUACGCUGACACACGGCUGCAACAAUGUCUUCGCCGACAGUGGGGGCAUCUUCGAGCAGCCCAAGCCGCGCUGGCACGGUCUUUCCUCAUCAAGGAGAUGAACCGCCUCGGUAUGCUGAUUGAUCUCUCCCACGUCUCGGACGAGACGGCGCAGCAGGCCAUUGCGCUCUCCAAGGCGCCAGUGAUGUGGUCGCACUCAGCCGCCCGGCACUUCAACAACAUCUCGCGCAACGUGCCUGACGAGAUUCUGACCAAGAUUGGACGUGGCAAGCACCAGCUCGACGGAGUUGUUAUGGUCAACGUCGGCAUCGGGUCGGAUUACGACGGCAUCGAGAAGGGACUCGAGGACGUGUCCAAGUACCCGCACCUGUUUGCGGAACUCAUCAAGCGCGGCUGGGGUAGGCACGACCUCGCCGGCCUGGCUGGCGGUAACCUCCUCCGCGUCAUGAGCGGCGCCGAGGACGUGGCGCGCAAGCUCCGCCGCGUCGGACCCAACAUGGCAACGUACAACAAGCGUCAGGACAUCUAG